UAGAAUAGGGACGGUGAACAAGGGAGCGUCACAGGAAUGUCUUCUCCGUCCCGCCCGAAAUCUCCGCACGGAGUUACACCAAAGAAAGAUGACAAGGAAGAAAGUUUUUGGGACAAAAUUGGAACUUUAGGAAGAAAAAAGAAGAUUAAAGAAGUGCAAGAAGUUCAAGAAGAAGGAAAAAAUGCCAUUGAUUCUCCAGGAAACCCUAUGGCUCCCUCCUUGCCACCUGAAGAAUAUGCCCUCGAAGAAAAUGAAGAAAGAUCAAUGGUGGAACCAAGGUCUAUGGAAGAUGUAAAAUUGAAAGCAUUAAUUGCUGUCCUUGUCGACUGGAUCAAUGAUGAACUUGCCGAACAUAGGAUGAUUGUUCAAAACGUUGAUGAAGAUCUAUAUGAUGGACAAGUACUCCAGAAACUUCUAGAAAAACUUACUGGACAAAAGCUAGAUGUACCUGAAGUAACUCAGUCAGAAGAGAAUCAGAAACAAAAACUAAGGACUGUACUUGCCUAUGCAAACAGAGUUCUAGGUCUAGCUCGGACUUCAACAGCACGUUGGAGCGUGGAAAGCAUCCAUUCAAAAACAUUAGUUUCUAUCCUUCAUCUUCUGGUAUCUUUGGCCCGCCAGUUUCGGGCACCCAUUCGCCUGCCGGAAAAUGUCGUCGUGAACGUGGUAGUUGUUACCAAAAAAGACGGAGUUCUUAGCCACCGCAUUGUCGCCGAAGAAAUUACAUCUACCUAUGAUGAUCUUGGUGUACGUUGUGAAAGAGAUGCCUUUGACACGUUAUUUGAUCACGCGCCUGAUAAACUUCAGGUUGUGAAAAAAUCUCUUGUGACUUUUGUAAACAAGCAACUCAAUAAGAUCCAUCUGGAAGUGACGGAUUUAGACACCCAAUUCCAUGAUGGCGUUUAUCUCACGCUGUUAAUGGGGAUGUUAGAAGGAUAUUUUGUGCCUCUUCACGAAUUUUUCCUUACGCCAAAAGAUUUUGAUCAAAAAGUUCACAACGUUGCCUUUGCAUUUGAGCUAAUGCAAGAUUCAGGUCUACCAAAGCCUAAAGCUCGUCCUGAAGAUAUAGUUAACCUUGAUCUGAAAUCAACCCUUCGUGUCCUCUAUAACCUCUUCACAAAAUAUAAACACGUUAAUUAGUCGUGACAUCUUUCUCUUAGAGAUCGUACAACUUCAAGUUGUACGAUUGCCACCACGUUGCCUAACACACAUGCUCCAAUAUUAUAAGCCUUGCUAACAAUUUUGCAUUUCAUUGAUGUCUUAAACGUAACAGGUAAAACAUUUUCCUACUUGUCGAGACUUUUAAAUUAAUUAUGCUUUAUCACUUUGUUAAUAAACAAACUCUACAAUUU